AUGAGCUUUCCGGCGCUGCCGGCCCUGGCGUCGGAGUGGCUCGACGAAUUCUAUUUUCUUGGGACAGGCACCAGCUCGCAAGUCCCGUCGGUGCACUGCAUCCUUGAUGGGUCGCAGGCCAAGAAUACGUGUGCGACGUGCGCGGACGCGCUGCGGCCCGGCAGCGUGAACCGCCGGCGGUGUACGUCGGCGGUGGCCGUCGGCGCCCCCCCCGGGCGCCCCGAGGAGCGGAGUACGAUUCUGAUCGACUGCGGCAAGUCGUUCUACGAGUCGAUCGUUGAUGUCUUUCCGAAGCACGGCCUGCGCCGCGUCGAUGCGGUGCUCCUCACGCACGCCCAUGCCGAUGCGAUCCUCGGCCUGGACGACCUGCGCGGCUGGACGAUGGGAGGGUGCAUCCAGGACUAUGUCGACGUGUACCUCACGGCAGAGUGCAUGGCUACGGUGAAGAGUACCUUUCCCUACCUCGUCGACGCCUCGUUCAUUACCGGCGGCGGCGACGUAGGCGCACUGCGCUGGCACCUCAUUGACGCGCAGAAGCCGUUCGAGGCAGGUCCGCAUCGCGUGCCGAUCCUCCCCCUCCCUGUCGAGCACGGGUUCGUCGGCCCCGAGCGCCGCCCAUUUGAGUGCCUCGGCUUCCGCAUCGACUCGAUGAGCUACGUGAGCGACUGCCACGCGAUUCCCGCGCUGACCAUGGCCAAGAUGGCCGGUAGCGAGGUCGUGGUGAUGGAUGCGCUAAAAAUGACGCGCCAUGCGAGCCACUUUUCGAUUCCCCAGGCGAUUCAAUGCAUCCUCGAGCUCGCCUCUAAGCUCCCUGCACCGCCUUUAGCACUCUUUGUGGAUCUCACACACGGCGUCGAGCACCACACGACCGAGGCCAAGGUCCAAGAGGUGGUGCACGCGCUGCGCUGUUUCCGCUCCACGCUCCCUCCUGCGCUCGAGGAACACUGGUGGACGCCGGUUUGGAACGCGGACGAAAACGAGGCUCAGAACGCUUUCGUCCUCCAUCCUACCUCGGGCGGCACCGACGACCCGUGUGCCGAGGUGCCCGCGAUGCACCUCGCGAUCGACGGCCUGCGCCUCGUCUUUACCAAAGCGUAG